AAAGCACCUGAGUGUAGUCGUUACAGUCGAGGAAGCUUACCUGCAACCCGUUCACCUGCUUAGCAGCCAUGUCCAGAACAAAGACACCUGCUCCAGAACAUUAUUACGAAGAAUAUAUUUAUAAAAAAGACAAAAAUGACAUGGUAUUUACGAAGGUUUGGGCUGGAAUUCUUGGAAACUCUCUUUGCUUCUACUCCAAUCACAAGGAUCCGAGGAGUGUUGACAUCAUCAGUUUGGAGAAUUAUGUAUCAUUGAAGGAGCCUGGUGAUAAAUCUUCAUCAGAAAACCAGCUCUCCUUGUGCCUGAAAGGGCGAGAAGUACAGCUAAAGGCGGAGUCAUUAGAGAGCCGGGAAAUGUGGCGUGCAUAUAUCAUCACCAUAGCAGAGUUGAAGAUCCCACGAUCUCUAAGCCUACUCCCAGGGCCUCUUCUUGCUUUAAAGGAAGCAUUGGAGAAAGAAAUUGAGAGAAAAAAGAAAAAUGAGGCAGAAGCAAAUGAAACUCCCAGCUGUUUUUAUAAUGUGUCCCGGUUGGAAGCAGAAACUUUACUGAUGCAAAACCAUGAAUGUGGCAACUUUUUACUGCGACCUGGGGGAAACCAGAAGAGUCUGUCUGUAAGCACCUGCCAGCAAUAUAACAGCAAGGAUGUAUUAAAGCAUUACCGUGUGAUACAGGAGCAAGAGGGAUAUGUUAUUCAGGUGGAUCCCAAAGUUGUUUGCUCGUCGGUUGCUCAUGUUAUCAGUCACUUUGUGAAUAGCUCGAACAAAACCCUGAAACCUUUUGUAAAGAUCUGUGAAUAUGAGAAUAAAAUCGCAAUAUUUGAACAGAACAAUGAAGAUGGAGUGGUUACAAUGAGAUAUGCGCAGGACACCCCAGGAGGCACAAAAACCUCCCCAUUACAUACUGUACCUCCUCCCCUUCCACGAGAUCCUCCACCAGAAGAUGAUUAUGAGAACCCGGAUCAAGGCGAGAAAAAAUGGAAUUCAAUCAGAGAAGUAUCUAAUGGGCCAAGAACUCCCAGACCAGUCACAAGUGCAGGUCUGGAUGAAGAACUAAGGAGAAAAUUGGAAAUGCGACGACAGAAAAUUGAUUGAUUGCUACUGGUUUCAUAGAAAAGGACUAAUUGUAAAAGACUUUGAACUACUAAAGUUGUAAAAGACUUUGAACUACUAAAGUUCCCAGCUGACAACUAUCUUGAUCAGUGACUCAUAAACAGAAUGUGGCUCAGCCUUAAUGGCUCUAAAAAGCUCCCCUUUUAACUCUAAUCACUUUCUGACUUAGCAUUGGAAUAUGAUCCUGUGUAUAACAGACUUUACCAAGCUAGGGGGCAUUUGGACAUUAUUGGCUGUAUAAUGUGGUUAAGUAAUGCAAAAGCACCAUUGAAAAUGGGGUGCUGAGUACCUUAAACUUGAGUGGCAGAAAAGAGCAUCUGUAGUUUAUCAGUAGUGAGCAGCAGACAGUACUGCAGUCAUUGGCAACAUGGCAGAAUGGGAGAAAGCAUGAUUGAGAGUUGCAAAAGGGACAAUAAUUGUGCAGGACUGAGUGAGGCUUUAUAGGAGCUUUAGCAUAAUUUGUGGGGUGGCUGGGGAGGAUCCGGGGUUGCGCAUACAAGGGUCUUUUUUUUCUAUUGGCGCCCAUUUUUCUUGGUGGCAGCCGCACCAUCUAGGGGGCCAAUGUGACAGUAUGCUAAUAAUUGUUGGACCCUGCUACUUUAGCAGUAUGGGGCUCCAUGAUUACUGAUGAGCAAUAAAUACAAGUACUCACAUAGCAGAAAAAUAAUUUAAACUGGCUAAAUAUAUGGUGUUGGCACCUUUAGGCUAAUGCCACAUGUGGCUAUUUCUCCAUCUACAUAUAAAUGCAGGCAGAAAAACCAUCACGUGUGGCAUUAGCCUAAAAUGGACCAAGUUAGUUCUUGGCCAUGAGAUUAUAAAUGUUCACAAGCAACAAAUUGAGCAUUAUGAUAAGAAACAUUCUAAUAGUAUAGUGAUAAUGCAUGUAAUUUACAUUUAUUUUAAGGCAUAAUCAACAGAAUGUCACACCUAGCGUAUUGUCCAUCCCUUCUUUAUAGGAGCAGAAGAUAUUAUGGAAUAUCUGUUGGCCGACGUUAUGUUCUUAGUUCAUACAGUCAUUUUUUUAAUAGGCCCCUUAUAAUACUGGGUAGGGUUUAAGUCUUGUUAAGUAAAGAGGAGAGAUCUAGGUGGGGAAUAAAGGGUGUGGAUAAAAUCAGGUGAGGCUUGUGCUUGAGCUGCUGGUGGCACUAUUCCUUUUCUGGAGGGUCUUCACACAGCUGGGAACCUGGAGUCCAGUAUAUACUGAGAAACUUCCACACCAUACCUGUUGGUUGACAGAAAGCAAUUAGCAACAAUACAACUUCUCUAUUCAUCAUCCCCCUAAGGAAAAGCUUACCUAGUUAUUGUGUUCAGGAUCUGAUAUUUUAUUAUUACAUUUCUUGUCUAUGUUUCUCCUAAUUGUAAAUAUUAUUCAGUUGUUCCUAAUAAAACUAAAAUGUAAACACA